AUGUCGUUCGCCGCUCUGGCCGGUGGUGCCGAAUGUGGGCCGGUGAACCCCUUGUCGCAACUUUCCAAGCUGUACGGUCAGGAUCGCGGGGUGCAGCAGGUCAGUCGUCGCACGCCGCACGCCGCACGCCGAAGCGUAGAGGCGAUGUUCGCAUCGCGGCUUGGCUGACUCAGCUCUGUCUUCGCGGCGGUUGUUUGUGCUGCGACUCAAUAGGAUCAUUCCAAUCCUCAAGCUGCUUCAUCUUCUUCGGUGAGUGUCAUAGUCAUGAGUCCAGACAGUCCAGCCUUGGUUGACGACCGCACUGACUGACUGACCGACAUCCCCCACCUUCGGCGAUCGUGCAGGCUUUCCGUCGCGGAGGCCCAUCGUCAUCGUCUUCCCAACCACUAGCAGAUGAAGCGAACCAAUUCUUCCAACAACAACGAGGUGGCGGACCGCAUGCGUUCGAUCUCUCGCCUCUCAACCGAGCCCUGACGCCACAUAACCCAACCCCCGGCUCGAUCAAUGCAGCCGCCGCACCACCACCCUGGGCCCAAGCCUUUUCCCAACAAAUGCACCUUCCCUCAAAUGUCUCGAACCAAUCUGAGAUGGAGAACGAGGCGUUCAGAAGGGCGUUCCAACCUCAAGGACCGAGCAUGAUGGGUGGCGCAGGCGGUCCGGGGGGAGCCCAACUCGAAUGGACCAAUGACUUUCGUCAACAUCGAGCCAGUCCUCUUGCCGCAUCCCAACAACAACAAGUACCCAGUUCGGCUAUGUCGAUCGAGGCGCAGCAGUCGGGGCGGAUGGGGUAUUCGACGGGCCAGCAGAGGCUCUUUGGCGCUGGUUUCGGCGCACCGGCUUUGGCCAUGUCGGGGGCUUCGACGAUGUACCAGCCUUCGAUGCAGCAGCACAAUGACGUGCAACAUGCUUCGGCUCAGCGGGAUAUGGCCGUUUCGACCCAGGGUGAGUUCCCAUGGCUUAAUUUUGCACCAUUUGCGAACUCGGGCUGACGCUGAAUGUAAUCUGGACCGUACAGGGUGGGAGGACGCUUUCAAAGCCCAAGAAGCCGAAGUGACGACCAACACAUCCAAAUUGAUCCACGAAUCGUACCAGCCCAUCUCGGAAUACGAACAGCGAUCUUCCUCGCCGAUCUUGUCGCAGGACCAAGCGCGCGACGCGCUCGCCGAAACCGCCGGUCGGCUACUCGAUACCGUUCGCUCGAGCGAGCAAAACCGUCAUUCGAAUCAAGUGGUCGACAAGGCCGACGAUGCCGCGGCGCGUAAUGCCAAGUUCGCGAACUCGACCUUUCUCGACUUGAUGCGCAAGUUGAGGGAUGGCGAGGUCGCCGUCGAAGGGGACAAGGUCGUCGAGCAGAUCGAACCCAAGUAUUCGACCGCGGAGAAGGGGAAAGAACGAGCUGCGGAUUCGGCCUCGUCGUCAUGGGCGCACCAGUUUGGACGAGAAGAGGAAGGGAGGAUCGGAGGUGCUGCACCGAUGACGGCGGCGUUUGGGUUGUCGGCCGAUGGGGUGGGAGCAAGACCUUCGGCGGCGGCCGAAUUUGCUCAAGCGAAUCAACAAUUCUCGGAACGACAGGCGAGAAACGCGCAGCUUUCUCGCGAGUUGGGCCAAGAUUAUCAGACCAUCGCGGGGUUGUGGGAUGACGAGGAUCAGGUCAGAUCGGGGCGCGAACAAGCCGCGGCCGAACGCGCCAAGUGGCAGUUUCAAGGCGAUGGGGGAGGGAUUGCGGCUGAGCACGAGAUGAUGGGGGAUGAGGCGACGACGGCGGAACGGACGCGCGAGCAGAUGUACAUGGACACCUCGGUGCCUCUAGCAAGUUCGAAUUGGGAAGAAGAGAUGAACGAUCCGUCGAUGAUCGUCGGAGGACACGCGAUGAAGACCGCUCGGCCGCCGCAGGAACUGUCGGCGCAACAACGGGAAUGGGAUAUGCUGCAAGAGGACUGGGAUGCGUUCGACGUUUCGGCCGCGGGCCUGAAACCGGCAGCUUCGACGUCGGCUUCGAUUGGCGGGUACACGUUCCACCAGAACAACCCGUACAUCAAUUCAACCCGACACCACUCGAUGCACGGCGCGUACGGGUCGUCAAACUAUGAUACGAUCCUGCAGAAGGAAGCGGCGGUACAACAACGACCGCAUGAUCCUCAGGCUUGGCUCGCGUUGGGGAUCAAGCAGCAGGAGAACGAACGAGAGGAGAUGGCGAUCCAAGCUUUGCGACAGGCGUUGUCGAUCGAUCCUGAAUUGGGGGAGGCCCACCUUGCUCUCGCGGUAUCGUACACGAACGAAAACGAACGACCCCUCGCUUACGAAGCUGUCGAUAAAUGGGUCGAUACGUUGGGGCAAACUAGGUACAAGCAAGAGGUCGAUGCCUAUCGGGAUUUAUUCGGCAUCUUACCGGAACAACAACACAUCCGUCACGAAUACCUUACGAACCUCUUGAUUCGUUUGGCGCAAUCGAGGGAAAGUGACGACGUCGAUGCCGAAGUGCAGAUCGGGUUGGGGGUGCUCUUCAACGCGAGUGAGGAAUACGAGAAGGCGAGCGAUUGCUUUGAAUCGGCUCUUUCGGUAUGGCCCAAUGAUCCGUUGUUGUUCAAUCGCCUUGGCGCGACAUUUGCCAAUUCGGGCAAGACGGAUUUGGCGAUCCAGUAUUACGUCGAGGCGUUGGAGAUUCAACCCAACUAUGUGCGCGCGAGAUUCAACCUCGCCGUCGCAAAUAUGAACCUUCAUGUGAGUUAUCGGGAACUGGGUCGAGGACUUAUGCGAAAGAAGGCUUUCGAGCUGAGUUCUGGUCACUUGAAUCUGCAGCAAUACGAGGAAGCGGUGCAUCAUCUCUUGACCUCGCUUUCGAUCCAAGAGGCGGAUGCCCAGCUGGAAAGUGAGUCCGGGGAGGAAAUGUUACUCGACAGCGGUGGAUUCGCAAAGCUGACCGCCUGUCUUAUCUCCUCACAGCCGGUGACGCAUCUCUCCCCGCCAACGGAUCCAACGGCGUCACUUCGCAAACCCUCUGGGACUCGCUCAACAUCGCCCUCUUGCAAAUGAACCGUUCCGACCUCGCGACCCUGACCGCCGCGCGCGAUUUAGCGGGCCUCACCUCGGCGCUCAACAUCAUGUGA